AUGAACAUAUCCAUGAUUCAAGGUAAUCUGUCCUACACCCUUCCCCAUCGGCAGGUCGAAUUGCGCGCCCUGGUAUCCGUAUUCACAAUAGCCUCGAUCGUUGGGGUUGUCUUAUCGGCGACGCUGGUUUUCACGAUUAUUCUGCGCUCUCAGCUGCGCACUAGUGCCGGCAUCCUGAUCGCCCACCAGCAACUCUUGCACGUCCUUCAAACCGGCAUCAGUAAUCCGUUUUAUAUUAUUACCGGUUGGGCGGUGUGGAUGGGAAUUUCUGUUACGGGCAUCGACUGCACCGUUAUGUAUUUCUGCUGUCAGUUGAUCAUCUGCAGCGAAACGUGGAGUUCCUUGUUUUUAGCAAUCAACCGCUUUGUCGCCAUAGUUUACCCACAUCGAUACAAUCGUAUCUCCUCGAAUCAGGCUACCGGCGGCUUUAUAAUCGCGGCGUGGAGUAUCAGCGUCGCGAUCAACAUACCAGCGCUGCUGGGAAUUGGAAGUUUGUUUGGAAACCGGGAGGUGGAUUGCGGAUAUAUCCGAAUUACGAAUCCUAACCUCUUGAAUACUAUUGGAACAUUUGGUGUGUACUUUCCGCUGUCGCUGCAAGCUGUGGUAUACGGGAUUAUUCUGGCUAAUCAUUACCGGAAAGACAAGGAAACGCAGGCUGCUGCCUCGCAUAAAAAGCGCUUUGUAUUGUUUCGUCUGCUGUUGGGUUCCUAUUUAUGGUAUGUCGUGUGCUACCUGCCGUUCCUGAUUGUGCUCUACGGUUUUCCUCUGUACUGGUUUGCCGAUAAGAUACGCGCCGGUUGGUUUAUCGUGCUGCAGCAGAUUGGUUACGCCGGAAGCCCGGUCACCGACCCGGAGGAUCAGAAGUACCUGCUUCUGGACUCCCUUGGAAUUGACGCCGGGGAAAUGCUGUUUUCAAUGUGUUUGCCUACGAAUCCCGACAAUUUCACCACUUCGCAACUUGUGGACAAGCUAGAGCACGCAUUUGUGAAGAAGACAAACGCUGCUACGGAGUGGGCCAACUACUUUAAACUCCAGCAGGAGCAGGGCGAGUCGCUGCUAGAAUUUUCGAACCGGCUGCGCCGAAAGGCAUUUCCCUGCGGAUUCCCUGCGGACGUGCUAGAAAAGAAUAUGUCCGCUACUUUCCUCAACGGAAUUUUGAGCGAUACCACACGGCAACACCUCCAGUCCCAAACGUACAACACGUUGGAGAAAGCACUGGAGAUUUGUGAAGAAUAUGAGCUGCGCAAGUCCAACAGGAAAGGUCAGACAGCGCCGGAUGUGGCGCGCGUCGACAAUGCCCGGAGUGGCGGUGGCGGCACCAGCAGAGACGCGGUCGUGGACGCGGCGGCAUGCAGAACCGUAGCAGCCGUCCUGACCGAAAGCCAGCUCCGCGAGAGAUGCGUGUGUCGGAGCGGAAAGCAACCUGCAGCGCAGCAACGAAGAGAUGGGCGGCGGACAUUCCUGGUGGAGGAGGAAUUCGACGUCCUGUCGGUAGACACGACGGGUGGGCGAUCCAUCCACGUACCACUCAAGCUGAAUGGCGUGUCCGUGUCACCCGUACUGGACACGGGAUCCAGUGUGACCAUUUUUACGGCCGACACGUGGCGAUCAAUCGGAUCCCCGAAGCUGUCACCGUAUACGAACACUUUACGGAGCUUCACGGGGCACACGCUGAAGGUCAUCGGUACUGCGACCGUGGAAGUCACCCACGCACGCACUCGCAAGGCACUGCCGAUUGUGGUGGUGGCCACAGGGGGAAACGUGCUGGGUAGGGACUGGAUCCGCGCCUUGGACCUCAGCCGACUGAGUUUGCGGGAUCUGCAGUCGACCAUGGUGUCCACAGUUUCCGGCACGCUCGAGGUGGAACAUCUGCUGAAGAAACACAGCGCCGUUUUCCGGGACGAACUGGGCCAUUGUAAACAUUACAAGGCUCACCUGCACUUAAAGCCUGGCGCGAUGCCUGUAUUCCGGAAAGCCAGACCGGUCCCAUUUGCUUUUCGCGAGGCACUGGAGCGCGACCUGGAUCGCCUGGUGGAGAGGGGCAUCCUUACACCAGUGGAACGGGCCGACUGGGCAGCUCCAGUGGUGACGGCGCAGAAACGGGCUGGAGACAUCCGCACCUGUGCCGACCUUAGCACGGGACUCAACGACGCUCUCGACGUUCAGCAGUACCCACUGCCGACGCCCGAUGAGCUGUUCGCGAAACUGAACGGAGGGAAGCAGUUCAGUACCUUGGACCUGGCGGAAGCGUACGCCCAGGUCGAGCUCGAUGAUGAGAGCAAGAACCUGGUAGUAAUCAACACGCACAAGGGGUUGUUCCGGUACAACCGACUCCCCUUCGGCGUCGCCUGCGGUCCCUCCGUGUUCCAGCAGAUCAUGGAAAGUGUCCUCCAGGGAUGCGAGGGAGUCGCCAUUUACCUCGACGAUAUCAUCGUCACCGGGGCGACGGAAGAGGAGCACCUCCGGAACCUGGAGAAGGUCCUCCAACGCCUGGAAGAGCACGGAUUCACGCUAAAGCGCAGCAAAUGCUUCUUCCUUCAGGACUCCGUGGAGUACCUGGGGUUCGUGGUGGACCACAGAGGUCGCCACAUUUCCCAGGACCGCGUCAAGGCACUCCGCGACAUGGCCCGUCCGACCAACAUCAGCGAACUCCGAGCGUUCCUGGGUCUGGUCAACCAUUACGGGAAGUUCGUUCGCGACCUGUCCGGGAAGUGUGCGCCGUUCCACAACCUCCUUAAGGCCGGAGUCCCCUGGUCCUGGUCCAAGAACUGCGAAACGCAGUUCCUGUCCUUAAAGGAGCAGAUUGUCCGCGCGACGUUCCUGGUUCAUUACGACCCGCGGAUGCCGCUGGUCCUCGCCGCGGACGCGUCGCAAUACGGCGUUGGCGCCGUGAUCUGUCACCGUUUCCCGGACGGAACGGAACGGCCCAUCGCACACGCCUCGAAGACGCUCACAGCCGCCGAGAAGAACUAUGGCCAGAUAGAAAAAGAGGCCCUGGCACUGGUGUUCGGGUGCCGGAAGUUCCAUCAAUAUAUCGCUGGGCGCGAGUUCACUUUGUGCACUGACCACAAACCGCUGCUCAGUGUGUUUGGUCAACGGAAAGGAGUGCCGGUGGUGACUGCAAACCGCCUCCAACGGUGGGCGCUGAUGCUGAUGGGAUAUUCGUUCAGCAUCGAGUACCGCCGCACCGAGGAGUUUGGCCAAGCUGACGGACUGAGCCGCCUACCACUGCAUUCGACGCAGCUGGAUGGCCUGCCCGGACUGGGGAUGGACAGUGUGGUCAACGCUGUCCACGUCGACAACGUGUCGCGUUUUCCGGUUUCGGUGGAAGCGAUCGCCGAAGAAACGGCCAGAGAUCCGGAAAUGUCCACCGUAUAUGGAUACGUCAUGAACGGCUGGCCGUCGACGGUUGAUGCCCUAGCGCGUCCCUACAAGCGACUUGAGCACGAGCUCGUCACGAUCAACGGCUGCGUAUGCUGGGGAUCCCGGACCGUCGUGCCAUCGAAGCACCGGCAGCAGAUCCUGGAUUACCUUCACAGCGCCCACAUGGGGGCUGGUAAGAUGAAGGGUGAAGCGCGAGGAUACUGCUGGUGGCCUAACAUGGACAAGGACAUCGAACGAAUGUCCAGUGAAUGCCGAAUUUGCACUGAACGCGCAAAAGAAACGGCCAAAGUCCCGCUGUCGCAGUGGGAAGUGCCGGAUGCACCUUGGAAGCGGCUCCACAUGGACUUCGCCGGUCCAUUUCACAGCACAAUGCUGCUAGUGAUUGUUGACGCCAUGUCGAAGUGGCCGGAGGUGAUCCAGAUGAAACACGCCACGUCCGACGGCGUUCUGGAGGCCCUCCUGAACCUGUUCAGCCGUUACGGAGCCUGCACCGAAAUCGUCACCGAUAACGGUACGCAGUUCACCUCGCAAGAGUUUGCCGAUUUCUGCACGGUUCACGGCAUCCGACAUCUUCGGACACCACCUGGCCACCCGCAGUCGAACGGCCAGGCGGAGCGCUACGUUCAAACCUGUAAGGACGGAAUCAGCAAGCUGAUGGCCGACCGGAAGCCAUUGCCCACAGCUCUGCGGGAAUUCCUGUUCCGGUACCGCAACGCGCCACAGGCCACAACUGGCAAGUCGCCAGCGGAAUUGUUUCUGAGCCGCAAACUGCGUGGUCAGCUGGACUUGCUGGUGCCGGUGCUGAUGACAACAAUAGAGCGUAACCGGAAGCGUUACCAGCAAAAUUUCGACCAACGGACACAGGAGAAGCAUUUCCAAGUUGGCGAUUACCUAAUGGUACGUGAUUACCGUCCGAACCGCGCAGUGGACUGGCAGCGUGGACAGCUGGUCAAACGUGAAGGUACCCGCAUCUGGGUUGUCCUGGUCAACGGAAUUGACCUGCGAAGGCACGAAAAUCAGAUGCGACCGAGGCAAUGGCUGCACCCAGACGAGCGUGCACUACCGAAUCCGCCAGCUGCACUUGUCGCACCUGCCGCACCAAAGACACCGGAUGUACCGAAAGUACCAGUCGCAUCGCCAGUGCAGACGGCUGCACUGCCUAACGAUGCCUUUCCGGAAGCGGUCACAAAGCAGGAUUCUGGUGGACAGAUCGGUACUGGUAAAGCACCUGAACUUACAUUACCAAAUGUUGAUAGCGCCAAACCAGUGAAGCCAGCGAAUGUGAAGAAUGCUAAGAAAACGCCACGCGUUCCGGAAGCGAUAACUGAUACCAGUUCUCAACUGAAGCCACCGGAACCAGAAGUGCGACGAAGCGGAAGAGACAGAAAAGAACCAGAUCGACUAAUCGCGGAUCCGAAAUUCGGACGCUAG